CCGAGUCGUGUAUCCCGCGAAGUUUUGCUGCGUCCUGUGCUCCAGUGGUAGAAGCGCGCUUCACACACAUACGUAUACGUACUGCUAUACGCGCCGGCUACAAAGCGACAUACGUGCGUAUCCACACAUAUUCACCCGCGUCGCAACAUUACAGUUCCCGCCGUUCGCAAGACACGUGCACACAUACACCUGUUCGUCGCGACGGCACAAGCGCAGCGGAACGCGGCCGUCGACUGUCUUGCGGGACACAACGCGAACGAAGUGUCACUCGUCUCGUCCCACACGGAUUCCCGAAGAAACCACUUGCUUCGACGAGGAAUUCAGGAUGGUUAUUCGCGUGUGAGUGAAUCGAUGUGCGCGACGGGUUUUCACAUAAACAAAGUUUAGUCUUCGAAGUGCUCGAUUCCGUGAAGUUAUCUCUCCGUUAUUCGCGCAUCGAGAAUUGUUGCACGUACAUACAUACAUACGUAUCAGUGAAAUUAUCCGAUAGCUCGAGCACGUAUCAUCUUUCGAAGGAUUAAAGGGACAACCGGCGAAAAAGCAGCGUCGGAUCUAUAAUCGUAAACUGCGUGUUCGAGAAAGAAGAGAGGGUAUAUAUACGCGACGCUAUUAACGCUCCUCGGAUCGAUUUCUAUGAACUCGUCGGAUCGCCCGUAUGUGAAAACACGUGCUGUGGACGUCGUCGCGGCUCGUGCCUCGAGUCGAGAAAAGCAGGUGUCGAGUAUCACGCGUCGAACUUUCGCGCGCGCCGUCGCUUUCUCCUCGCCGACGAAUUCGGAUCCCGUCGGCGAAUCCGAUCAUCUUUCGAAUAAACCGUGAACGCGAUUCGUGGAACGAAGAAGAGGCGCCGAUUAAUUUCGCGUAAAAGCUUGACACUUGGGCGCGCGAGCGAAUCGAGGAUAAAUACGCGAGAGAAGACAAACGAGAAAGAGAGGCUCAUCAGGUGAAAGGUACCUCUCGCGUCGUGGAGGUAAAGAGGAGCCUAACCGCAUCUUCGUCCUCGUCGAGCGUCGCUUCUGCUGACAAGGAUCCACUCGCUCUCGGUUUUUCCUCGAAGACUCGGGAAUCGCGCACGCGAAUUCUCCGAUUACAAAGUGUUCUCCGAUUACGAGUGUUCAGUGUUCAGAGCGGCGGAGAAAAAUAAUCGUCCCUCCACGCGCGGAGGACACACAGGCCAGUGGAUAAUUCGGUGUUGGUGCGCGGACCGGGAGGAUCUGCGGUGUGCAGUGUGCCGAUAAUAGCGAUCGAUAAUAUUCGGUGAGAGUGGUGAGAGAAAGAGAACGAGGGAUACGCGCACUAACGACAGCAACAGAACAGCGUCGGGCAUCUCGGCGUGAGAGUGCUCGAGGGGGAGCGGCCGAGGAGCAGCGCGGGGAUAUCGGUGAUAUGCGGUAGUCGAGGGGAUUCCCCAGGGAGAGACAUGAGGGCGGCCGUCGCCUACGUCCUGUUCCUUGCCCACCUCAUACAGGCGACAACCGCGAGCGGAUACUUUGAGGUGCAGAUCCUCUCGCUGACGAACAACAGGGGCACCCUGGUGGAUGGUAGAUGCUGCGGCGGGGGAGGCGGGGGCGGAAAAGGAGGAUUCCCGCCCUGCUCGACGCCUUGCACGACGAUCUUCUGGCUCUGCCUCAAGGAAUAUCAGUCGAAUGUCACCGCCAUCGGCUCCUGUAGCUUCGGCAACGCAUCUAGUCAGUUUAUCGGUUAUAACACCUUUACUCUCACCGAGCCCGCCACCCUGCCACUUCAUUUCACCUUCCGAUGGACGAGGCAAUUCACGAUGAUUCUACAAGCGAGGGACGAGAAGAGCGCCGGCGUAAUCGAGGAGGCGAGUUACAGCGGCAUCGUCCUGCCAGGAUCCACGUGGCACACUCUCAAUCAUCAAGGGAAAAACGCUCACUUGGCGUAUCGGGUGCGAGUUCAAUGCGACGAUCAUUACUACAAUGCGACCUGCACUAAAUUCUGUCGACCUAGAAACGACAUUUUCGGCCAUUACACCUGCGACGAGAACGGGGACAAAGUGUGCAUACAGGGAUGGAAAGGCGUCGAUUGCGAGACAGCUGUCUGCAAAGAAGGCUGCCACCCCGUGCACGGUCACUGUAACGUCAGCGGUGAGUGUCAAUGUCGGCACGGCUGGCGCGGCGAGCUGUGCGACCAGUGCAUGCCGUAUCCCGGCUGCAAGCACGGCUACUGCAACGGUUCGAGCUGGCAAUGCAUCUGCGAUACCAAUUGGGGCGGCAUACUGUGCGACCAGGACCUCAAUUACUGCGGCACCCACGAACCGUGCCAGAAUGGCGGCACAUGCGAGAACACCGCACCCGAUCAGUAUCGUUGCACGUGUCCGGACGGCUUUUCCGGGCCCACCUGCGAGAAGGUCGACAAUCCGUGCGCGUCCAGCCCUUGCCUGAACGGCGCGACCUGCCACGAGCUCGGCGAGACCGCGCACUGCGAAUGCGCCCCGGGUUUCACCGGACUUUAUUGCACGACCGACAUCGACGAGUGCGCCUCGCAGCCGUGCCAGAACGGCGGCACCUGCGUGGAUGGGAAGAACAACUUCGCGUGUAACUGCCCACCCGCCUGGCAGGGCAUUCUCUGUCAGUUCGACGUGGAUGAGUGCACGCUCAAGGAAUCGCCUUGCAAGAACUCGCUCACCUGCGUCAAUCUAGCGGGCGAUUACAGGUGCCGAUGCCGGAGCGGCUUUACUGGCAAGAAUUGCACGAAGAAUAUCAAUGACUGCGUUGGCCAGUGCCAGCACGGUGCACUCUGCAUCGAUCUGGUGGACGAUUAUCAUUGCAGCUGCACCGCCGGCUAUUCCGGCAAGGACUGCGAUGUCGACAUCGACGAGUGCGCGUCCAAACCGUGCCAGAAUGGUGGCGAGUGCCGGGACCUGGUGAACGCUUACGAGUGCGUGUGUCCCGUGGGCUUCACCGGCUAUCAGUGCGAGAUCGAUCGCGAUCACUGCAGCCCGAAUCCUUGCCGCAACUCGGCGCCGUGCUUCAACACGCAAACCGAUUAUUAUUGCCACUGUCCUGUACAAUGGCAGGGCAAGAACUGUUCGGAUCCGGCCUCGAAUAAUUCGCAACAAUUCGGAGUGACGGACAACGAGCAGUACGGCUGCGGUAGCGAGGGCACCCCGUGUGGCGGUAAAGGCCGAUGCAGCGGUGGCAGAUGCAUCUGCGAUGCCGGUUACACUGGCAUGCACUGUCACGAGAAUAUCAACGAUUGCCGCGGCAACCCCUGCUUGAAUGGCGGCACAUGCGUCGAUCUGCUUAAUUCCUUCCAAUGCAUCUGUCGGGAGGGUUGGAGCGGCGAUCUUUGCGAUCAGAGAAUUUAUGCUCUUUCAGAUGUGGACGAAUGCGUGACACAACCCUGUCGCAACAACGGUACCUGCGUAGACGGCGUGGCGGAUUUCACGUGCAUCUGUCGUGGCGAUUGGAAGGGCAAAACGUGCGCACUGCGCGGUGGUCAUUGCGAGCCAGGCACUUGUCGGAACGGUGGUACCUGCCAGGAUCGCGGCGACGGUUUUACGUGUCAUUGCCCGCACGGUUGGGAGGGCGCGGCUUGUCAUAUCGCGUCACCGUCAGCGUGCACGAGCAAUCCCUGCGCGAACGGAGCUACUUGCGUGAAUACGGUCGACGGCAAUUAUCGUUGCGUUUGCCGCGAGGGUUUUGAGGGGCCAAACUGUCGACGCAACGUGGACGAUUGUCAACCAGUGCCCUGUCUGAAUGGUGGUAAAUGCGUAGACGGUAUCAAUUGGUUCAGAUGUGAAUGCGCACCCGGUUUCACCGGCCCGGAUUGCCGUAUCAAUGUCAACGAGUGCGCGAGCGAUCCGUGCACCGGCGGGGCAACUUGCGUGGAUGGCAUCGCAAGCUACUCGUGCAUCUGUCCGCCUGGUAGAACCGGCACGCGAUGCGAAAUUCGUACGGCUGGUGGACCCGGCUGCAUGGCCGCUACAUGGGAGGAUGAUUGCAAUGUGUGCGAAUGCCGGAACAGCAAAAAUCAAUGCAGCAACGUCUGGUGUGGGCAGGGUAAUUGCCUGAAUGGUACCUCUUGUCUGGCCCAUGAAGUCUGCGUUCCUAGUCCGGGCGAGAGCUGCCUAGCGCCACCAUGUCCGGCAUGGGGCGAAUGCCGUCCGGUUGAAACCGGGAGACGAGUUGGCCCGCCAGCGUUACCGGCUCCACCAUCCUGCUGGCCCGGACAAUCUACGCUCGGGCCAACUUGCUCGCGGCUCACAAUACUGCUGCGAAGGGAUACCUUGGCGCCCGGAACAUCGGUGGAACUGCUGUGCCGUCGCUUGAGAAAGCUUCUGGCCGAUCUACGAAGGCUUCAAUUAGUGGUACUGCUGUGCGAUCUGAAACCCGGCGAUAACGAUACGGUGGAAGUGACCCUCUUCUCCGAGGCGGCGGCUGAUGCAGCACGGGAUCUCGGCGAGGCGCUGAGUCGCCCGCUGGCGAGACCUCUCAUUUUAGCUUCAGUGCUAGAAGUCAAAGUGGAGACGGCGCUGCUCAGCGAACCUAAUUCAGCUGGUGCAGCCAACACCGGCGGCUAUAUGGCCGUUCUAGGCGGCGCUCUGACGACCGUGUUACUAUUAACGCUAUUCGGCGGCCUCUGGUAUCUUAGGACUAUAAGACAUAGAUCGAAUUUGACGGCAACUACUAGCAGCGAGACCUCGCUACAUCGCCAUCGUAGCGAUCUAGACGAGAAGUCUAACAAUCUUCAAAACGAGGAAAACCUAAGAAGAUAUGCCAAUCCGCUCAAGGAUCAGGAUCCAGAGCCCAGAGUAUCUGUCGUGAGACCUCUAUCGGGCGCCUCGCUUGGUACCUUGACCGGCGCCGAGGAGAGUCUUGAAAUGGUAUCCGAGGAAAGUAGACACCGCUUACCACCGCUCUACAAACCACCUAGCGCCGAAGCCAGAAACAAUACGGCCAGUUUUAGCUACGAAGAGGGACCGCAUAAGCCUUACAGCAAGCCUAGAUUACAGGAACCACCAUAUCCUCAUCAGCAGCCGGGUACCAGCCAAACAUCGGGGUCACAUCAAAUUCUAACAGUACACGUGUGAUUAAAUAUUGUGGAAAUAAACAAUUGAAGAACACGUGUUAA